GAAAUGACAGGCACGUAGCCAAUCAGAUUCAAUUUGACGUAAUUUACGUACACGCGGCUACGUGCCCGGUUGCAUGAAAAGCGCAGUGUAGUCAAUGUUCUCUUGUGCUGUCGUUUAUUUUUCAUCUGCCCAUGUGUGUUACCUCGUGUUUAAAGGCUUCUGGACCUGUGCGACAGUCUUAGUGUGCUUUGUGGCAAGAGUACACCCAAUCGGAAUAUGUGAUAUGCAGGACUACGCGCUUACGAUUUGUGAGCAAGCUGCUAGCUACUUUUAGCUUUUUAAGCUCAGCUGGCAACGUUACGCUGGCUUUUACCCUUACCAAAUACGGGUAGUAAGAUAACUAGUUGAAUAGCUGGACAACUGCUGUUCUUGCUGUUCGGUUACUUGCCUGAGGAAAUACUCAACUUAGAAAGUAAUCCCACCAAGUUCCAAACGGGUCACCUGACAGAAAGGGAAGAGUUUGGUUUAUCUGGUGACCUUCCUAGUGACAGCAGGGUGUGUGUGUGUGUGUUCUUGACUCCCCGACUUUUGUGAAUGGACACUAACUUCAUCUGAAGAAGUCUGACAUGACCUGGUCUAUCAACUGCGUAGCAACAGUAUCGAGCAGGACCCUUACUCAGCACGUACAACUGGACGUUUAGUUUAGUUUAGUUUAGUUUAGUUUAGUUUUAGUUUAGUUUAUGGUUGCGUGUUCACUCAUAAGAAUGACCCGCCGUUCAGUGGUGAACUUGGUGUGCCUUGGGAAUCGAGCUGUUAGCCUGCUGUAUGGAAACUCCUUUCGCCCCCUCCACACUUCGGUAUGCAACUCUUCAUCACAGCCGAAAGCUGGAUUCAAACCGGGAAAAGUAGCAGUGGUUACAAAGACUACGCGAUAUGAGUUUGAACAGCAGCGGUAUCGGUAUGCAGGGCUCUCUGAAGAGGAUUUAAAACAGCUGCUUGCUAUGAAGGGCUCCAGCUACAGUGGCCUGCUAGAAAGACACAAUAUCCACACUAACAAUGUGGAACAUAUUGUGAAGAGCCUGCGGAGAGAAGGCAUUGACGUACGAGUCGUGAAGAGAGGAGAAUAUGAUGAAAAAGUAGUGCGAUGGGCAGAUGCCAUUCUCUCUGCUGGAGGUGAUGGGACAAUGCUACUUGUUGCCAGUAAGGUUUUAAGCAAGGACAAACCAGUUAUUGGAGUAAACACUGACCCUGAGAGGUCAGAAGGUCAUCUGUGCCUUCCUGUACGGUACACUACUGCCUUCCCAGAGGCACUGGAGAAACUCUGUCGUGGUGAGUUCAGGUGGCUCUGGCGUCAGAGGAUCCGUUUGCAUUUAGAGGGCACAGGAAUCAAUCCCACACCGGUGGAUCUGCACGAACAGCAGCUGAGCCUGGAGCAGCACAGCCAAGCCCAUCGUAUCACCACCAUGGACAGCCAGCGAAGGACAGGGACACUACAUGAGAGCUUCUCCAAGCCCAGUCUCCUCCCAAUCAGAAGCCUGAAUGAAAUCUUCAUUGGAGAAUCUCUGUCCUCCAGGGUGAAGUUAAAAACCUUCAAACACCAUGUUAACCUCUUGCUUCAUAGGGCUUCCUACUAUGAGAUCUCUGUGGAUGACGGCCCAUGGGAAAAGCAGAAGAGUUCAGGACUCAGCAUUUGUACAGGAACAGGAUCCAAAGCCUGGUCAUAUAACAUCAACAAACUUGCUGAACAAGCUGUGGAGGAAGUUUUAAAAAUAGGAAAGUUCCUAACAGGUCUUGAUAUCCCACUUAAUCAUGAAUUCGUUGAAAAAGUCACUGAUGAAUACAACGAGUCUCUGGUGUUCAGGCCAGGCGACAAACGCAUGUUCUACAGCAUAAGGGAGCCCAUUGUCAACAGAGUGUUCUCCAGCAGUCGGCAGAGAGGCUUCGCCAACAAGGUCUGUGUCCGCUCUCGGUGUUGGGAUGCCUGCAUGGUGGUCGAUGGUGGGACUUCCUUCGAGUUCAACGAUGGUGCCAUUGCUACAAUCAGCAUGAGUGAGGAGGAUCAGCUGCGGACAGUGGUUCUAGAAAACUGAGAUGAGUCCAGAGCACAUGACUUUCUCUCCAGCCAACGGUGUUCAAAGGGAUGUGGUCAAAGGGAAGAACCAGUUUUUAGCUUUUAGCCUCUACAAUUGUUGAACAUUUUUAUACCUGAUUAAAAAGGUAUCAAUGUUACUAUUGUUUUAUUAAAUGUGUGCAUUGUGCAUUUUUCCAAAUGA